AGUAACGAAGGAAAGCUGCUGAGCUUUCGCCUGUUCCACUUCCAUCGUGUCUUCGCCGAUCCGUCGUCGCGGUAGGUAGUCCCCGUGGCUGUGGGGACCGGCGCCCGGCGGGAAUGGAAUUCGGAACCUAGGUCUGGAGUGGGACCCGACCACGAACCUAUCCGUUUGACUUGUUUUGAAAGAAACUGAAUCUGAAUGAUCCACAAGAAAGCCAGAUGAUUGAACGGCUACGAUGUCACCAUGCCUAAUUUUGAUCCCAGGCGUGAAAAAGGAGGGAGCCAUCAGCCAUGGAGGUAGGCAACCGACCGGAGGCGGAGUUCCUAUUAAAAACUUGGAGGGAAGAGAUACCGGUUACUAGAUGGAGAUGUUCAUAAUUUCAUAUCAUAUGAUAUGGAUCUCUGAUCUCUGUCACUUGGGAAAAAUAUUAAAUAAAAAAAUGGAAAAUCGAGUCUAGUUCGUCGAAGUAAAAUACUAUCGAGGUUUUACCAUGACAUCAUUACAUUUUACACUUUCAGAGGCAGAGAAAGCCUCAACGCAAAUUUGACAAUCAGAAAUUACUCAAUGCGCUGUUCUCGUCUCCACCUUCUCAUCCCCUUAAAAAAUUGGUCAUGAAAAAUUUCAGUUGACAUUUUUCACCCAAGGAGAACCUUCGUUUGUUUCAUCUCUCUCCCCUACCAACUCCUUCUCAGUUUGACUUUUCCCCCUAUAACAUGAAAUUCAGAUCUCUGCACCCAAAGACACGUUUAGGGUCGCCACCUUACGGGUUCUAAUGGGGAUAUUUCUACUUUUGGCGCUGUUGGUGGGCUUUUUAAGUUACGGUGUUCUGGGUCUUGAAGCAUCUCAGGAGGCGCCAUGGAGGAUCCACACCUUGUUUUCGGUCGAAUGUCAGAACUACUUCGACUGGCAGACGGUGGGUCUCGUUCACAGCUUCAAGAAGGCCCGCCAACCCGGCCCCAUAACGAGGCUCCUCAGUUGUACGGAGGAGGAGAAGAAGCGGUAUAAAGGCAUGGACCUUGCUCCUACUUUUGAGGUGCCUUCCAUGAGCCGACACCCAAAAACUGGAGACUGGUAUCCUGCAAUCAACAAGCCAGCGGGAAUUGUUCACUGGCUUAAACAUAGUAAAGAUGCACAGAAUGUGGAUUGGGUUGUAAUUUUAGAUGCAGAUAUGAUCAUCCGUGGCCCAAUCAUACCUUGGGAACUUGGUGCUGAGAAAGGAAAGCCUGUUGCUGCAUAUUAUGGGUAUUUGGUUGGAUGUGAUAAUAUUCUUGCCCAAUUGCACACAAAGCACCCAGAACUUUGUGACAAGGUUGGUGGGCUUCUGGCCAUGCAUAUUGAUGACCUUAGGGCCUUGGCACCUAUGUGGCUCUCAAAGACAGAAGAAGUACGCGAGGACAGGGCCCAUUGGGCAACCAACAUAACUGGUGAUAUUUAUGGCCAGGGGUGGAUCAGUGAGAUGUAUGGCUACUCAUUUGGUGCUGCAGAAGUGGGACUUCAGCACAAAAUUAAUGACAACUUGAUGAUCUACCCAGGUUACAUCCCAAGAGAGGGUGUUGAGCCUAUUCUUAUGCACUAUGGCUUGCCAUUUGAGGUUGGAAAUUGGUCUUUCAGUAAAUUAGACCACCAUGAGAAUGGCAUUGUUUAUGACUGUGGUCGGCUCUUCCCCGAGCCUCCUUAUCCAAGAGAGGUGCUAGCAUUGGAAGCUGAUCCGAACAAAAGGCGAGGCCUAUUUCUAAGCAUAGAAUGUAUGAACACAUUGAAUGAGGGCCUUCUGUUACACCAUGCAUCAAGUGGGUGCCCUAAGACAAAGUGGUCAAAAUAUUUGAGCUUUCUGAAGAGCAAGACUUUUGCUGAACUAACAAAGCCCAAGUAUUUAAUUCAUGACAGUACACAAAAUGACAAAGCUGAAGCAGAACAGUAUUCUAGUGAAUCAGAAACUAUGCAUCCGAAAAUCCAUACCAUUUUCUCCACUGAAUGUUCCCCUUAUUUUGACUGGCAGACUGUAGGGCUUGUCCAUAGUUUCCAUUUGAGUGGUCAGCCUGGAAAUCUCACGCGACUUCUUAGCUGUACAGAGGAGGACUUGAAGCAAUAUAAAGGCCACGACUUGGCUCCUACACAUUAUGUUCCAUCUAUGAGCCGUCAUCCAUUAACAGGAGACUGGUACCCUGCAAUCAACAAGCCUGCAGCAGUGCUUCAUUGGCUUAAUCAUGCAGACAUAGAUGCAGAAUUCAUAGUUAUUCUGGAUGCGGACAUGAUACUAAGAGGCCCAAUUACCCCAUGGGAGUUCAAAGCAGCACGUGGUCGUCCAGUUUCAACCCCAUAUGACUACCUUAUUGGAUGUGACAAUGUGCUUGCCAAACUCCAUACCAGUCAUCCCGAUGCUUGUGACAAGGUUGGUGGUGUAAUCAUCAUGCACAUAGAUGAUCUACGCAAGUUUGCUCUACUUUGGCUGCACAAAACUGAGGAGGUCCGAGCUGACAAAGAGCAUUAUGCAAAAGAAAUCACUGGGGAUAUUUAUGAAUCUGGAUGGAUUAGUGAGAUGUACGGUUAUUCAUUUGGUGCUGCACAGUUGAAACUCAGGCAUAUCAUAAACAAUGAGAUCUUGAUUUAUCCAGGUUAUGUUCCUCAACCUGGUGUGAACUAUAGAGUGUUCCAUUACGGGCUAGAAUUUAAUGUGGGUAAUUGGAGCUUUGAUAAGGCCAACUGGAGGAACACUGACUUGGUGAAUACAUGCUGGGCUCAAUUUCCAGAUCCACCUGAUGCUGCAACACUCGACUCAACUGAUGAAAACAUUCUAAAGCAGGAUCAAUUGAGCAUUGAAUGUGCAAGGACACUAAAUGAAGCUCUUAAUUUGCAUCACAAGAGGAAUUGCCACAACCUCACUACAGAAACCACCUCAAAAAAACCUAUGCUUAGGAAAGUUGGCAAGUUUCUUGAGAUAUCAAAAGAAGUAAGAAGUAGGAUACAUCCAAUAACUUCUUCAAAAGCAUCAUCUCUACCUGCUGCAAAUGAACAGAUGUUUAUGUCUUUAAGGGUUUGGAUAGUUGGUCUAUGGGCCUUCUCUAUCUUGGGCUUCGUAGUGGUCAUGUCACUGGUGCUGUCUGGCAGAAAAGGUGAGGGAACAAGGUAUAAAGUUUAUAAAAACAAGAGAAGAAUGUCUUAUUCCGGAUUCUUGGGUGCAACAUGAUAGGCAUCUAUCUAGUGCUGGAAUAUCAAAAUCAUGAUCUGUCGAGAAAAAUGACAAAAUGAAAAAAUCUAAUGUACUGAGUAGGGAACAUCUAGUUUUCCACAACAGGAAGCAGUCUAUAGGAAUCUCAUCCUUUCAUGAAAAGGAAGGGAACACGGUUGAGGAAAAGAACAAGGACAUCUUUGAGUAGAAUCUCUCCAUCUCUAUGGUGAAGACAGGUGUGUAUAAUGGUGACUGUUUUUUUCUUGUUUCCGCAUAAAGUAAUGGGUAUGGGUUCCAUCAAUAUUUCUUCACGAAAUUUGAGUGUACAAUGUCAAAUCCAAGUGACCUGAUAUCUAAAUGUAGUCAUGUACCAGACAUGUUCACAGAUUCCAUAGCCUCUUCUAGAACAAAAUAUACAAUCUUAAUUUUAUUUUCAAUGGUUGGAAACUUGGAAUACCCUCUUAGCUACUUAAAAUUGUUUUAGUUUUCACUGUUUCAUAA